CAUGCUCACAAUACUUGCUCUUCUCACUGUUGCGAGUGGGGCCGUCGUCGAGCGCGAGCCGCUUCGCAUCGGCCUGUCUCGCCUACCGCUCAGCCUCGAGAAGCGCGGCGAGCCACUUACGAGCACGAAUUACGGCUCUACACUCCACAUGAACAUCUCCGUUGGCACCCCCGAGCAGAAUCUCCUCGUCCCGAUCGUGAUCGGCGACUUCUCAGACAUGCUUGUACUUGCCACGCCCGCUGUCGGUGAUCCCAAUCCCAAUGCCGGCAAUCGGACGCUUUUCGACCCAUCGGCGUCGAGCACAUUCGAGCUUGGCGGCGCCACCGUCUUUUACGGCCUCCGAUCGCAGCCGUCCGUUGGCACGGCAGCGCAAGAUACUGUAAGAGUUGGCCCUGUAUCACUCCCAAAGCAGCCAAUGCUCAUGGCCAAUGUGACAGAUUUCGAUCAGGUGAUGAACAUCAAACGAGGCACGCUUGGUAUGGCGGGCUUUUCUCCAACUUCUGGGUUCGGACUCGAUCUUGCGGCGGCGGCUGGAGGAAAUGAAAUCGGUCUCUUCGUGACGCCAAGUUCGUCAAGGCUGGGAGCGUGGUCGUAUGGUCUGAACGCCGGCGAAAUGAGCUUGGGGGGUCUCAAUCGCUACCUCUACACAGGAAACAUAUCCUACUGCGACGUCGUCAACCCGGAGAAUUGGAUUGUGGCCUUGGAAGGCUUGAAGGUGAAUAACAUCUCUGUGCCGGUGGUGCUGGAUCCUCCGCCCGCAAAAGCCCCGACAGUAUGGCUCGCCCCCGACUUCAACGGGAUCUUCUUGAGAAAGACGCUGGCCGAUCUCGUGUUUGCGCUGAUCCCGGGAUCGAGCUCCGUUUACGAUGCUCCGCUCGAGGAGACGCGCUGGUAUGCGCCUUGCGACACAACUGCAACUGUAUCCCUCGUCCUCGGUGGACAGGAAUACGCACUGCCCGCGAAGCGUUGGCUGACCGGUGAGGUGUUCGGCUCAAGCGGCUCCUGUGCGACACUCUUCCGGUCAUACGUGCAGUCAGCAAACAGCUCAAGCAUGCUGAUUGGAUUGCCUUUCGCUUCGACGGUCUACACUGUUCUGAAGUUCGGCACAACGCCUCAAAUUGGAUUCGCCCCGCUCUCUCCCGCCGCACUCGCACAUGCUCCAGAACAGGCUGCCAACCCCGGCGACAAGCCCACCGGCGCUAUCCCCAGUGGGAGGAGCAGCACAGCUUCUGCGGCUCCCGUAUCCACAGGUGCCGGCGGCACACCUGUCCCAUCUGACGGCACGAGGGCACGCGCGCUCCAGCUCAGCUGGCUGAUUGCCGUCGCGUUGACACUCCAUUUCCUAUAACACAGGAGCAAAUCAUGCAGGUGUUCUUUAGGAAGCUCGCCGGCAUCCCUGACCCGGCGCCGAU